AUGUCAGCGUUGAACAACGAGCAAGUGCAGCAAAGGCAAGGUACGGCCGCCCAAGAUGGCGCCAAUUUAGUGAUCAACGCCACCACCGGCUUUGCGGGUCCCUCCACCAGCGAGGCUGGUGGCAUAACUUUCCCACCACUUCCCAACCGAACUUCUCCACCGGCCGGCAGCCCCGCCACUGGAGCGGCGGUGGUUACCACCGCCAUCCAGCAAAACAUAACUCCAUUGCAGCAACAGAUGGCAGAGCAGAGCCAGCUUUUGGCCUCCAUGGCCAAGGUAAUAACAGCUGGUCAAAAUCCGGCAGCCACUGUGCUGUCGCCAGCCCAGGCCGCGGCGGCAUCGGUCGCACCAGACAAGGCUAAAAGGAGCAAGGAGAAAAGGAAGAAGAAGGAAGAAAGCUCCAGCUCGAGUUCAUCAUCAAGCAGCGACGACGAAGCUCCGGAGAGAUUGCGGCGCCUGUUGGCCAACUGA